AUGGGUUGUUUGCAAUCAAACCCAUUUCACAGGAUGCUCGUUUUCCUCAUCCUUUUCCUCUUUCUUUCGUUUUCAUUCCCUCGUAUUUUCGCCCAGGAAUCUGAUGGUGAUGAUGUAACCAAGGAUCUGGGUCGGCGUAGUAAAAUUUUUGUGGACAAGAUAAAAACUGGUAUUGUAAGAGAUGAGAAAAAUCCUGAUUCCAUUAAUGUUGGUGUUGGCCUGGACUCUGGUCUGGGAAUAUUCGAUGCUAUCUUUGCGAGUUUCUCCAUGAUUCUUGUCAGUGAGAUUGGAGAUGAAACCUUUAUUAUAGCAGCUCUCAUGGCAAUGCGUCAUCCCAAGUCAAUUGUUCUAUCUGGUGCACUCAGUGCCUUGUUUGUGAUGACAUCAUUUGUUUUGACCUUCCUAGCAGAAUGGGGGGACCGCAGCCAGAUUGCAACAAUCGCUCUAGCUACUCACAAAAGUGCUAUUGGAGUAGCAGUCGGGGCCAUUAUAGGACACGCAAUUUGUACAUCAUUAGCUGUUGUGGGUGGAAGCAUACUUGCAUCCAAGAUCUCGCAACGCACUGUUGCUGCAGUCGGUGGGCUACUUUUCCUUGGUUUCUCGAUGUCUUCGUACUUGUAUCCUCCUCUUUGA